CACAGAAGAUGUGGACGUGACAUAUGGAUAAAUGAUGUUUUUCAAAAUGUAGAAGCUUAUAGAUGAAUGUGAGAUGGCAACCGGUGAGCUAUCAACAUGGAACCGCUGGUGUACAUCGUCACAGUUGAAGAUUGUCCUUCUUGGUGGCAGAAACUCUGGAAAGAGCUCCCUGGGGAACUUAAUCCUGGGCAAGGAAGAGUUUGUCACCAAAGAGAGGACGACGUGCUCCCGGAGGCUGGGUGUGGUGGCCGGACGGUGGCUCACAGUGGUGGACACUCCUGGCUGGUGGUGUGACUUCAGCGCUCAGGACACAUCUGAGCUGGUGAAGAGGGAGAUUGUGAGCAGCGUCUCUCUGUGCUCACCAGGCCCGCAUGUAUUUCUAAUUACAAUCAAGGCAACCUCUGCCUUCUCUGAGAAGCGUCGCAGGGCUGUGGAGGAGCAUGUGGCUCUGCUGGGUGAGAGGGUGUGGAGUCACUGUGUGCUAGUCUUUAUCUCUGCUGAUGGAUCUAAACACAAAGAAACAGGAGAGCUUGUACGGGCAGGGGGAGAGGCCCUCUGCUGGCUCAUUGAGAAGUGUAGUCAGAGGUGUCACACUGUUAUCUUGAGCGAUGACGCUGGAGGCACCAAGCUGCUGGAGAAGAUACAGAAACUUGUCGCGGAAAAUGGGAACAGAGUGUUUAAGAUGCAGGGAAACAUUUUACAGGCGGCUGCAGAGGAGAGGAGAAGAGUGGAGGAGAGGGCUCGGCAGAGGUUCAUGAGAAUGAAGAAACACAGAUCUCUCAUGAGAGAGCGGUUGCGGCCCAUUACUAAUAUCCAGAUUGUGUUGGUGGGAGCAAAGGGUUCUGGGAAAACUUCCACGCUGAACACAAUCCUGAGCAUCAAGAGCAGACAGCCAAUGAGGAGAACGGCCCAAUGCCUUGUUGGAUCUGGAGUGGUGUUUGGGAGACAGCUGACUGUGGUGGACACCCCGGGCUGGUGGAUGAACUACUUCUGUGACGAGAGUCCAGUCUUCGACCGGAGGGAGAUAGCGUUCAGUUCGUCACUCUGCCCUCCUGGGCCUCAUGUCUUCCUGCUGGUGAUCCGUGUGGACAGAGCCUUCACCGACACCUACAGGAGAGCGGUGCAGGAGCACCUCCAGCUGAUCAGCGAACACAUCUGGAAUCGUGUCAUCGUUCUGUUUAGUUUCGGGGACUGGCUGGGAGGCACCACUACUGAGCAGUGCAUCGAGAGCGAGGGAGAGCCUCUGCGGUGGAUUCUUGAAAGAUGUGGCAAUAGGUAUCAUGUCCUGAACAAUAAAACUAAUGGGGAUGGAUUUCAGGUUAGAGAACUGAUUGGGAAGAUCGAAGAAAUGUUGGCCGGCAGUGAAGGUGGCUAUCAUUAUGAGAUAGAGAGGAAACUGAUGGAACAGAUGGAGGAGAAGAUAAGAAGAGAGAAAGAGAGAGCCAAGGAGAGACUGAUGGAGAAGGAGAAACAAAGGCAGAUGGCGAGGUCUCAGCUGGAGAAGUUCAACCCUCUUCCAGAAUUGCGAGUAGUGCUUGUUGGUGGCAGGAAAACAGGCAAGAGUUCAUGCGGAAACACCAUCCUGAGAAGGGAGUCCUUCUGCACAGAAACGCAAACCACCUUCUGCUCUGAAAGACAAGCCAAUAUCAGUGGCAAGACGGUGACGGUGCUGGACACACCAGGCUGCUUCCCUGUGACCUCUGACCUCCUCGUACCAUCCUGUGCUCUCCUCCUUGUUGUCAAUGUGAGCUCCUCAUUUAAAGACACCCACAGGGAGGCCAUAGAGAAACAGCUGGAGGCAGGAGGAGGCCAGAUGUGGAGCAGAGCUACGAUCCUGUUCAGCUACGGCGAUUGGCUGGGCGACACGAGCAUCGAGCAGCGUAUUGAGAGUGAAGGAAGACCACUGCAGAGGCUGGUUGAGAAGUGUGGGAACAGAUAUCAUGUACUGGACAAUAAACACUGGGGAAAUGGAGCUCAAGUUUAUGAGCUAGUUGAACUGAUAGAGGAGAUGCUGGUGGGAGAAAGGCUGGCUUUUCUUCACAGGGGCGAUCACAUGUGGACAAGUGUUUCUACACUUCACGCAGUGAAGCUGUGUAAAAGAGAUUUAGACGUGCCUAACAGCUGCAGGCAUCAGCUGCCCCACCACUUGACUGAAUCAGCCAAUUCUACUGCCCAGAUAUCACUAAGCUGCUCUGAUAAUGGUGCUCAGAUAGUGGCACUACCAGCAGAAAGAUCAGGAAGAUGGACUGGACCCUCCAUCCUGGACAAAUAUAGUUUCAUGUCCUGUUUGGCCUCUAUGCUCUCUGGUAAACAAGGACUGAGGUGGACCCUAAAUGUGCCUGCCUGGCUCCCUGAUGAUGAUCUUCACUUGAGACUAAACGGUGAAAGCCAGGUCCAUCUGUUCUCAUCCAGACGUCCAAAGAAGCUUCUGGUUUUACCUCAAACAGAACUCAAGAUGCUUGCAGAGGAAAAUGUCAUCAGUGUGAAUUCCCUCUGCCAUCCUGCACUGAGAGAGAAGACUCUCUGGAGGCUUAGUGAGGCUGGAGGUCUGCAGGCUCUGAUCGACCAGUGGGACCACAGCAGCUUGGAGGAGCUGGAAGCUUUCAUUGACUUCUACUUUGAAAUGGUUUGGGAGCAAACCAUGGGGUCAUUUCAACCAGCUGAGCCCGACUGUCCCACCGCAGAGCAGGAUGCAGUCGUCGAGGAGGCUAGACCGGAGGAAGUGCUCUCAUCCAUCGACAGGAAACUUUCAAAGCUGGAGCUCCUUGAGGAAAUCCGGAGGGAUAUGGCUGAGCUGAGGACGAGUCUGGAGCAAAGCUGGAAGGCCAUACAGGAACUGAGAGAAAAAAAGUAAAGAUGAUGAUCAUAAUGCGUUGCUGCAAGAUAAAGUCAAUUAGAUUAUACAGCCAAAUUUAAAUUUAAUCUGUGUUUUUUUUAAUAGUAAAUAGAAAAAAACAACAUUAUUUUCUGUAAAUAUCAUGCAGGGUCACAAUUGUCACAAUUCUCCACAAGGGGGAGCACUUGUAUAACAAUAGGUUAUUUAUAUUACGUAGCCGCUGAAAUGUCAUACUUCUGCAGUUAUGGAAAGUACUCAGACCUUUGACUUGAGUAAAAAUAGUUAUACCACAGUUUAGAAAUACUGUUAUGAGCCAAAGUCAUGCAUUAAUAUUAGUCUUAGUAUCAAAAUAUACUUAGUAAAAAGUUAAAGCAGAUUAAUUCAUGUUAUUGGAAUAUAUUUAUUGAUGUAUUAUUGUGUUCCCCAUUUAAUGUUGCAACUGGUAAAUGUGGGGCUAAUUUGAAUUAUAUUCCGAUAUAACAUAACUACAGUUAUUAAAUAAAUGUAAUGAAGUUAAAAGUAUCUCAAAAUAUUGUAAUGUAAGUACACUGCUUUAGGAAAUCUACUUAGUUACUCUCCUGAAGACUGAGAAAGCAGAGCGUUCUGUAACAUCACAACCAGCUCUUUGAAACAUCAUCAUCAUCAAUCGUGCUGGGAUUGCACUGUAAACAUACAAGAAUAUGAAUUCAGGAAGAUGUCGAGCAACUUCCAGGCGGCACCAAAGCAUGUUGGAGGACCCACAGAGGAAGCAGAAAUAAGGAAAGGUUAGAGAUGAAUAUGAUGCAUAACAAUAUUCACAGAAAAAUCUUUAAAGAGUCAGCUUUUAGGGCGAGGAUGAGUUGGAUGUGGGUUUAGAGGCUACUGUAUGAGUUUACUCUGUAACUAAGGAUGAAGAACUAAGCGUGCAGGCAAAGAUCACCAAGCUCAUGAAAGUCGUGAUGUGCAUCACAAACAUCACCAAUUUAAUAGGAGGCCAAAACACAGCCGUAUUGUGGUAGAAGAGGACAGAUACAGAAUCUAGACAGUACAAAAAAACAAACAGACAUAUCUUGUUAAAUCAUUCCACAUCUGUUUGACCCUAGGAGAAGUGAAACCGGAAGAAGAUAUCACAAAAAAUAGAAGGAGAGGAUGUGGCUACAUGUUUCUCUAAUAAAUCAGGUUUAAAAUUAACCGUGUUCAUCCGUGCACGUGUGUGCUUCUCCCAGCUUACAGACAAACACUUAAACCAGUGCCGUAAAUAGGGUGUCGAUCCAGAAGACCAUUUUCUUUGUUGAGAAAACAGAGAAUCUGCACAGCUUCCAUUCAAAGCCUUUAUUUCCAGAAUCAAAAGACUUUCAAGUGAGUCACACACACACACACACACACACAUACUACUGCAGCAUACAGAGCUUUAGCAGAGUAAACACUGUGUCCUCUGCUGUCGAGGCUUUUUUUUUUUUUUAAAGCCCAAUAAUAAAUAUGUAUGGUAACAUCAGGAGGCAGGUGGCCAUUUUAUAACGUAGGUAAAGUUGUUUGAUGUCGUCUCCCUAUCCGGAUGUGUGUAUAAAUAUGAAACCAGUGAAAUAUCUGAGAGCUGAAAGCAUCACUUUUCUAUUUUCAGUGUAAUCUCUGUUCAAGUCUGAUGUCUAUAUCAUUGUGUUUCUAUCCGUUUUAAGCUGCAUUAGGCAACUUUGCACGUCCGUGGCUCCACAUGGCCGUGAGAGAUAACCGCAUGAAAAAUGUAAACCUCAAUAACCAGAUAUCAUGAUUCACUGCUGUUUAGGAUUUUGACUUGUGUUUAUCUGCUCCCUAUGUACAAAACAGCCAACAACAUGAUGAAAAAAUAGGACUUAUAGAAAUAAAAAUAUGGUACCAUGCCAUUGUUCUGACGGCGCAUCAUUCCAAUACCGUAGUAAUCUGAAAAAUGUCCCAUUGUGAUCCCAGAACAAGCUCUUGCUUUGAAGGCCCGCUGUUCAGAAAAUACGUAUCACCAACUCACUUAACAUACUUUUUUUUUUACCAAACCAUCUUUUCUGGAACCUAACCAAGUAUAUUUGGUGCCUAAACCUAACCAAUCUGUGACCAUUUCACAAUGUUAAUCACAAGCUUAUUAUUUGACUAUGAUGAUAACAGGCUAUAGGACAAGUGGCCUUUUCGGUUUCUGAAUAAGGGGCCGUCAGAACACUGGGUUGUUCCCAAAAAGUUAACUUAAAAUUAAAAUUAUGCGUCAUUAUUGUGU